AUGACGCCUGCCGCAUUCCUAGCUUCAAAUCUUUCGCGUGAUGUUAAGUUUAACUACCAGUUCUUUCCGACGCGGACCAUGGCCGGCACAGCACUGGUGCUACUCUUACACGCACCCAUUUAUGACGUCCCGCCAUACGUGCGCUCACACUUGCUUUGCAACCCCAGCCCACUACAACGCCCAGUACACUACUUCUUCCCACGUCAUCCGUCCCUACCAUUUCACCACAACCGAACACUGCCAACAUAUACAUGGCCGAUCAUUCCAGCCCAGCCACACUACUGCCUACACCAACCACGGAGCCUGCACCAACCACCGACAGCAAAAACAAGAACCUCCUCUACCAAGCAGCAUGCGCUUCACUCGACAACGCACUCAUCAGCUACACGCUUACAAUGCGACAUAUCAACACGGUCAACAACACAACCUUCUACAUCCACUAUACCAGGGGAGUCAAUCACCACACCGACCCAUAUCACAGACCUACUGCGACCAGGGGAGCAGCACUCUACACCACCUGAGGUGUCUUCAGCGCUAUCGCUCGGCACAUCUCUUCGCGGCAACCAGGAGAGUUUUCCACCACACCAAACACCAAACGAUGUCUCGUCCUUUGUCAUCUCCGAUACCACCCAAUCACCCGUCACUAGGGCUGCAGAUAUCGAAAACAUUGACCAUCAGCUUCACUCACUUCAUUCCACUCUACUCUUCCACCCCAUAAUGCAUAUCACGGACAAGGAACUCAGCAUGCAUGACAAACACGACCGUGUAUAA